AUGGAUUAUGCCAUGUAUGUGCUGCUACAACUCGUAAUACUAUUGUUAGUAGUCCUCAUUAAUACAUCAUCAUGCAGUGCUUGCAUGGAGAUUGAGAGAAGAGCUCUUCUUGAAUUCAAGAAACACAUCAAAGAUCCAAACAACAAGCUGUCAUCUUGGGUGAUGGGACAAGACUGCUGCUCAUGGGAAGGAGUCCAUUGUGACAACCUCACCGGCAACAUUGUUAGACUGGAGCUCAAGGGUCCGGAUCAUCAGAUAUCAAACGAACAUUACUUGCAGCUGAGAGGUGAGAUCUCUCCAUCUUUGCUUCAACUUAGACAUUUGAAUCAUGUUGACCUGAGUGGCAACUUCUUCAAUGGAACAAGUAUUCCAUCAUUCAUUGGUCAGUUCAAGCAGUUGAUAUACCUCAAUCUCUCUAAUUCUUACUUUCACGGAGCAAUUCCUUCAAGUUUUGGAAAUCUAUCCGGUUUGCAGACUCUUGACCUCUCAUAUAAUUAUGGAAUUUAUGUUGAUGAUCCUGCUCAUCAAUGGCUUUCUCAUCUUACUUCAUUGCAACACUUGGAUUUGACUUACAACAACAUUGGCAACACAUCUAUUAGCUUUUUCCAAGCUCUCAACAAGCUUCCUUCCAUAUAUGAGCUGCACCUGUCCAGAUGUAAUUUAGAAAAGCUUCCUCUUUCCUUUCCUCAUUUCAACUUCACAUCUCUAUCCAUUCUUGAUCUCUCUUACAACCAUAUCAAUUUCUUGGGGAUUUCCUGGGUGUUCAAUAUCAACAGCCUUCAAUAUCUAGACCUCAGUUUCAAUGGUUUUCAUCAGCUGACCACGUACUGGUCUUCCAGAAUGCUAAAUGGAUAUAUUGAUACUAGCCAACAGAGUGAGAUUAACCUACAUGAAAGCAUAGGCAGUCUUUGUAGCUUGCAAACUCUAGAUCUGUCUGGGUUAAAUAUCAACAAGACACUUGUUGAACUUGGAGGCCUUUUCUCUGGCUGCCUUAAACAUAGUCUCACUCAUUUGCAAUUAAGCUCCACCGAUCUUAAUGGAGAUAUACCAGAUUGGAUUGGGGACAUCAAGAAUCUCAGGGUUCUUGAUCUCUCAUAUAACUUAUUAUCUGGCUCUGUUCCUUCAUCUGUAGCAAAACUUGCACAGCUGGAAUAUAUAAAUCUUGCUUAUAAUCGGUUGAGUGGCAUUAUAUCUGAAGAACACUUUACUCAACUAGAGAAAUUGGAAACACUUGAUAUGUCUGAUAGUGCACUGGUUUUCAGAGUGAGUUCUAAUUGGGUUCCUCCUUUUCUUCUCAACGAAUUAAGAAUCAGCACUUCCACAGUUGGUCCUGAAUUCCCAGCAUGGAUUCAGACACAACACAAGUUGAAUACACUUGAUUUGUCUGAUAAUGAAAUCUCAAGCACAGUGCCUCAUUGGUUGUGGAACUUGACUACUCGCAACCUUGUCCAUUUAGACCUCUCUAGUAAUCAGAUUCAAGGGAUGAUACCCAAACUCUUAACUUUCUCUCACAUUGAACAUCUUUAUCUUUCUGCUAAUUUGUUCUCAGGUCCUUUACCUGAUUGGUUGUGUCAAAUGAAGGGAAUUGUAGCACUUGAUAUCUCUAUAAACCAGUUAUCAGGUGAACUCCCUAAUUGCUGGUCGGAUUCAUCUGCACUAUCAUAUAUAAAUUUGGCAUACAAUAAUUUAUCUGGAGCUUUACCAAACUCAAUUUUUAAUCUUCGUAAUCUAAAGUCAUUACUUUUGAGCCACAAUAAAUUGUCUGGUGAGCUCCCUGAUUCCAUGAAGAACAGCAGCCAAUUGCUCGCUCUUGAUCUUAGCCACAACAACUUCACUGGAGACAUACCAACAUGGAUGGGAGAAUGCCUAUCAUUUUUAACUGUCCUCAUGUUAAAGUGGAAUGCCUUUGUUAAUCACAUCCCACAGGAAAUUUCUCAACUCAAAUAUUUACAAAUACUUGAUUUGUCAAGCAAUAAUCUCUCGGGUCCUAUUCCAAAGAGUUUGAGCAACUUGACUACCAUGCAAAUGCUUCAAGGAACUCCUGAUAUUUUGCUCGAAUAUGGUGGAACCGUGUUCUUGAGUUUUAUAUAUUAUAGAUCUCGUAUUCGAUAUGUGAGUUACAUGGACUUUUCUAGUAAUGAGUUAUCAGGGAACAUCCCGGAAGAGCUAGGAAGUUUGUAUGGUCUUCAAAGCUUAAACCUCUCUGGAAAUACUUUAGAAGGUGAGAUUCCGGAUAAAUUGGGUAGAAUGAAGCAACUGCAAUCAUUAGACUUAUCAAGAAAUAAGCUCUCAGGGAGUAUACCUGCAACUUUAUCAAAUUUGACUUUCUUGAGUCUCUUCAAUGUAUCUUAUAACAAUUUGUCAGGAAAGAUACCAUCAGGUAACCAAUUCAACACAUUCAAUGAUCCCUCCAUUUAUGUUGGAAAUCAUCUUUGUGGAUAUCCUUUAAGUGACAAUUGCACUAAAGAUGGUGGAAUAUUUAAAGAAAAACUAAGUGAUGGAAUGGAUGAAGACGAUGGGAUGCUAUGGAUGUACAUUGGAUCUUUAUCAGGGUUUGCAGUGGGAUUCUGGACUGUUUGGGGUAUUUUAGCAUUCAAGAAGAAGUGGAGGUAUGCCUAUUUCCAUUGCAUGGACAACUCGUUUGACAAGAUUUAUGUUUAUGUUGCACUGUGCUUCACAAGGAUGAGGAUCAAGAUGAUAACAACGAAUCAUUAG